UGCGAGGGCACGGGCCACUUUACCUUAAUGUGCUUCAGUGGAUGCUUCCAGGGGACCAAUGCCCCGCGUCACCUCGAGCUGCCUGCCACGCCGAAGCUAUUCCCAGCACGACUCCGAAGUCUGUCUCGAAACUCGAACUAUAUUCAAAUCAUACAGCGUUGCGACUCCGUCCUUCUUGAUCCUCUCCAGUCAUCGCGCAUUACAUUCUCGUCUUCAGCAACCCAAUCAACUCUCCUAGCUGCAACGGCAUUGCGUCGGUGUCACCUCAACACCCCGCAGACUCCAACUCCCAGAGCCGCGCAGCUUCGGUUCGACCUCGAUCAGUCCAGCGUUGCUAUUCCUCCAACACAGUCGCAUACCCAAUCCAGCUUCGGCGCAUACAACUAGUCAAAAUGGCGACCCAAUACGAAGUCGAACACAACAUCAAACCCUCCUCCACCCCCCGCAAACGCCGCCAAGUCGACAUGUCAACCUUCACCUCGCACCUGCACAACAUCAACCCCGAGAACUCUUCUAGCACACACCACAACAACCCGCACGCGACCGCCAACCCCGUCGACCUCGCCGCGCUCUACCGGCUGGUCCAAGACCAAAUGGGCGUGCUCGCCACCACGGCACCGACUGACGAAAACCGCGACUUCCUCAUCUCGCUGAGCGAAUCUCUGGACGAAGACAUCCUCCGCCCGCCCACGCAAAUCGAGGGUGUCUCGCAAGAGUUUUUGGAUGGGCUGGAUCGGGUGGACAGGAAGAAGUUGAAGGAGGACGAGCAGUGUCCCAUCUGCGCGGAGAGGUACCUGGAUGAUCAGUAUUGUUUGGUGGUGGAGCUGCCGUGUCAUCACUCGCAUCGGUUUGACCUCGAGUGUGUGGGGCCGUGGUUGAGGAGUAAGGGGACUUGUCCGAUGUGUAGGAAGGAGGUGGGGAAGAGGAGGGAGGUCGUUGUUGAGAAGAAGGCGGAGGAGGAGGAGGAAGAGGAGGAUGAUAUGGAUGGGUUGUAUGCUUGA